UCCCAGUGAGUGCCGCCCUGAAGGAUGUCCCAGCUCUCCUCCACCCUGAAGCGCUACACAGAAUCGGCCCGCUACACAGAUGCCCCUUAUGCCAAAUCAGGCUAUGGCACCUACACUCCCUCCUCCUACGGGGCCAACCUGGCUGCCUCCUUCCUGGAGAAGGAGAAGCUUGGUUUCAAGCCCGGCCCCCCCACCAGCUUCCUCACCCGUCCCCAUACGUAUGGCUCCCCCUCCAUCCUGGACUAUGACCGAGGCCGCCCCCUGCUGAGACCCGACGUCAUCGGGGGUGCUAAGCGUGCGGAGAGCCAGACUCGGGGCACCGAGCGGCCUUCAGGGAGUGGACUCAGCGGGGGCAGUGGAUUCCCUUAUGGAGUGACCACCAGCUCCCUCAGCUACCUGCCCAUCAAUGCCCGCGACCAGGGGGUAACCCUGACCCAGAAGAAGUCGAACAGUCAAUCAGACCUGGCCCGGGAUUUCUCCAGCCUCCGGACCUCAGAUAGCUACCGGCUAGACCUGGGCCGCGGCCCCAUGCUGGCCCGCACGCGCAAGGAGCUGUGUGCCCUGCAGGGGCUCUACCAGGCAGCCAGCCGCUCGGAGUACCUGGCCGACUACCUGGAAAGCUAUGGUCGCAAGGGCAGCGCACCGCAGGUGCCCACCCAGGCCCCUCACUCACGGGUCCCUGAAGUCCUCAGCCCCACCUACCGACCGAGUGGCCGUUACACGCUGUGGGAGAAGGGCAAGGGCCAGGCCCCUGUGUCCAGCUGCUCCAGCUCCCCAGGGCGAAACACCAUGAAUUCUAAGAGCACCCAGGGUCUGGCUGGUCUUCGAAACCUUGGGAACACGUGCUUCAUGAACUCCAUCCUGCAGUGCCUGAGCAACACCCGGGAGCUGAGGGAUUACUGCCUCCAGAGGCUCUACGUGCGGGACCUCGGCCACAGCAGCCGUGCACACACAGCCCUCGUGGAAGAGUUUGCAAAACUAAUCCAGACCAUAUGGACCUCAUCCCCCAAUGACGUGGUGAGCCCCUCUGAGUUCAAGACCCAGAUCCAGAGAUACGCACCGCGCUUCGUCGGCUACAAUCAGCAGGACGCUCAGGAGUUUCUUCGCUUCCUCCUGGACGGGCUCCACAAUGAGGUGAACCGGGUCACAGCGAGGCCCAGGUCCAACACUGAGAACCUCGACCAUCUUCCUGAUGAUGAGAAAGGGCGCCAGAUGUGGAGGAAAUAUCUAGAACGGGAGGACAGUCGGAUCGGGGAUCUCUUUGUCGGGCAGCUGAAGAGCUCCCUGACGUGUACUGAUUGUGGUUACUGUUCUACCGUCUUUGAUCCCUUCUGGGACCUGUCUCUGCCCAUUGCUAAGCGAGGUUACCCUGAGGUGACAUUAAUGGACUGCAUGAGGCUCUUCACCAAAGAGGACGUGCUUGACGGCGAUGAAAAGCCAACGUGCUGUCGCUGCCGAGCCAGAAAGCGGUGUAUAAAGAAGUUCUCCAUCCAGAGGUUCCCAAAGAUCUUGGUGCUCCAUCUGAAGCGGUUCUCAGAAUCCAGGAUACGAACCAGCAAGCUCACAACAUUUGUGAAUUUCCCACUAAGAGACCUGGACUUGAGAGAAUUUGCCUCAGAAAACACCAACCACGCUGUUUACAACCUGUAUGCUGUGUCCAAUCACUCCGGAACCACCAUGGGCGGCCAUUACACAGCCUACUGCCGGAGCCCGGUGACAGGCGAAUGGCACGCGUUCAAUGACUCCAGCGUCUCCCCCAUGUCCUCCGGCCAAGUGCGCACCAGCGACGCCUACUUGCUCUUCUACGAGUUGGCCAGUCCGCCCUCCCGCAUGUAGCAACGAGGAGCUACAUCUCAUCCUUCCCCGUGGUGGCCCUACACCCUACGUUUUUUUAAAAAGACAAAAAAAGGCGAAAAAAACCCACCUGACUAAUAAGCGAAAAAUAAAGGAAAGUGAAGCUGCCGAGCAGGAGUUGCUGCAGCCUGGCCGGGGUGUGGAGUGGGGAGCCUGCUGCCCGCGAGCCCCGCCUGGCAGGGAAGAUCGGCAGGACACGGACUGAGCCAGUACGGUGUCCCUCGGCUUCUCACGUUUGCAUUUGUAAGCUUGUGGUUUCUUCCUGUGUGUGAUUAAACAACAGCCGUCUGUGGGGAGAAGAUCCUCAUCCACUGGCCCACUGGCCGAGGCUCCAGCCCCGGCCUCCCGGAAAGACAGCGCCCUCUGGAGCCUGCUGGGGAGGAUCGCCGCCCGCCUUCACCGGUCCAGGAGCAAGAGAAACACCCAUGAGCCCAGAGCCCUCGUAACGCUGCUAACUCCAGGGGGACAGAUGAGGGGACGUCUUUGAAAAAAGCUGUUUUUGGUUUUUAAAAGCCCAGCUGUUUUUUUUUUAAUUUACCGUAACUAAAGUUUUCAGACUGGAGAUGCUCUCUUUCACACCUCUUCACAGCUGGGACGUUGUGCUGGUCAUUUUUCUUUUUUUUUUUCCUUAAUUCUUCAAAAUACAGCUUUUCUCGUGCCAGCCCCCAGUGGUGCUAGGUGGGAGUUGGCCAGGCCCCAAGCACAGCCACAGUAGACCUGGGCUCUGACAGGUUUUUUGUUUGUUUUUUUAACGUUUUGGAUGGAAUCUAGUUGCCUCCAAGAAUUGUGCCUUAUAGCAUUUGGGGACCAGGGGGUAACUGCCCCUCCCUGAAAUACCCUCAGCCUCUUCCCU